AUGGCGGAGGGAGUUUUGGGGCUUGUCAAAAAAUCUAUCGAGGUGGGGGAACUUCAAAGUUUUAAGAUUAAUGGUUCUUGUUCGGUAGAUAUGCUUCAAUUUGCGGAUGUCACUUUAAUUGUUGGUGAGAGCAAUUGGAAACAUGUGUGGGCUUUGAGAGCGGUGCUUCUGGCUUUUGAGCUUGUGUCGGGUCUUGGAAUUAAUUACCAUAAAAGUAAGUUGAUUGGUAUUAAUUCUAAUCAUCAUUUUUUGGAGGCGGUUUCUCAAUUCUUUUCUUGCAAAUUGGAAGAUAGCAACUUUUAUUUUCUUGGAAUUCCUAUUGGGUACAAUCCGAGGAAAAAUGCUACUUGGAAUCCUCUUUUGUCUAAGUUAAAGAAUCGUUUGGAUGGGUGGACGAAUCGUUUCUUAAACUUGGGUGGUAGGAUUACUCUCUUAAAGUCCGUGCUAAGUUCCUUGGCCAUUUUCACUUUAUCUUUUUACAAAAUUCCGAGAAUGGUGGCAUAG